CCAUCAUAUCCUCAUUCAUUACCAAAACAAACAAAAUUAACAAAUAAAGCAUAAGCACACAACAAUGAAGGGUACAAUGCUAGCAUUUCUCCUUCUCUUUGCAUUGUCCUCGCAACCAUUACUUGGAUCAGCUGAAGCUUCACCCGAUCAAGUCAUUGACACAUCGGGCAAGAAGCUUCGAGCUGAUACAAAUUACUACAUCAUUCCGGCUAAACCAUUUACAACAUGUGGCUUUGUUAGUUGUUUCAAUAGUGGAGGCAUUGCUCUUGAAACCGUCGGCGAAUCUUGCCCUCUUGAUGUAGUAGUUGUGAAACAUAAUCAAGGUUUACCGUUGAGGUUCACACCCGUUAACAACAAGAAAGGCGUUGUUCGUGUCUCCACUGAUCUCAACAUAAAGUUCUCUAAUGAUGCUUAUGAUUCUAGAUGCCCUAACCAUUCCUUAGUGUGGAAGAUUGAUCCUUUUUCUAAAGAAGAAACAUUUGUGACCACUAAUGGUGUAUUGGGUAACCCAGGUUCUAAUACAAUCCACAAUUGGUUCCAAAUUGAGAAGUAUGAGGAUGCUUAUAAGUUGGUCUAUUGUCCCAAUGUGUGCCCUUCUUGCAAACAUGUAUGCAAAGAUAUUGGAAUUUAUGUGUAUAAGUAUAGGGAAAUGCGUUUGGCUCUCACCAAUGUUCCCUUUAAAGUAAAGUUCCAAAAGGCUUGAUCGAAGUUAAGCUUUUUCAAUGGCAACAAAGUACAAGUGUGUUUAUAACUUAUAAGGAUUAUUAAGUUUUAUUUUCCUUGUUAAGAAUAAAAAUAUAUGAAUGAAUAAAAAAAAUUCUAAUCUAUACUUUUCUCAUUGUAUA